CAAGCUUUCCACUCGUAGCCAGAGAACCUUAACUAUUUGUUCUCGUCGCAGUUGUAGUAAUCCUUUUAUUAUUAUGUUGUGAUAAUGUUAGUGAUUUUAUAUACAGUUUAAGGGUGAAUUGCAACCCAUUUUACCGCCGUUUCCUUUAUGGUUGGCUGCGAUCAUCGCCACGUGUCUUGUUCUGGUCAUCCUCUUGACUAUCAGUGGAAACGUUUUGGUGCUUCUGGCGUUCCUAGUUGACAGGACAAUAAGGCAGCCAAGUAACUACUUCAUCGCUUCACUAGCUGCAACGGAUCUGUUAAUAGGUACAUUGUCUAUGCCGUUCUACACAGACUACGUACUAAAGGGAUAUUGGCAUUUAGGUCCAUUGUUGUGCGAUCUUUGGUUAUCCGUCGAUUACACUGUGUGCCUCGUGUCACAAUACACGGUGCUAUUAAUCACCGUUGAUAGAUUUUGCAGCGUGAAAAUAGCUGCAAGAUAUAGAGCAUGGAGAACAAAGAAUAGAGUUAUAUGGAUGGUGACAGUAACCUGGAUAAUUCCAGCAUUAUUAUUUUUUACAACUAUUUUUGGAUGGGAACACUUUGUAGGCUAUAGGGAUUUACAAGAAGGCGAGUGUGCCGUGCAAUUUUUGAAAGAUCCAGUGUUCAAUACAGCUUUAAUUAUUGCCUAUUAUUGGACAACAUUAAUUGUGCUAAUAGUUUUAUAUGCUGGAAUAUUUAAAACAGCUUACGAUAUGCAAAAGAAAAGUGAAGCAAAACAGAGAAAAAUGCAAUCUAUGGUAGCUCUGAGUGCAGGUGUAAUGUCCGGCAUGGCUGGAAGAGCAGCUGGUAUGUCCACACUUUCUAGAGCUACUAUUUCUAGUGAAGAUCAAGUUAAAGUUUCCGAAACAAUUCGAAAGGAUUCAACGUCAAAGGGAUCGUUAGCAGCACCUUUAAUGAAUUUGGGAGGUUCAUCUGAUUCCAAUUCUAGUCAAAAGUCAUCGGCCCAUAAAAGUAGCGCCACAGCUACUGGGACGUCGACAACUGGUGAAUCAGAUUUGGAAAAGAAAGAUGAUCAAGUUGAACCUGAAAGGUCAAGCAGUCCAGCAUUUGAUUCAGAUGACGAAAGCACAACUCAGUCAAAUAUCAAAAAGCGACCGUCCGUUGCUAAUUUAGUAAUGCAAACUGGUGCGAUUCCUCUUCUAAAUAAUAUGCGAUUAAAUGGAAGUAUGCUAGUAAAAACCGAUUUGAAGCAGUCAUCGCUACCUGCAAGGCAUGAAUUAGAGAAACCUAAAUCAUCUCUAUCACACAUAUCGGAAAAAAGUCUUCUUGAAAUUGAUGUGUCCUCUCAAAGUAAUGGACAAGCACCGAAACCAGCUGCUCUUAUCCGAGCUACAGCUGAAGCACAAGUCACUCCACCCAAACCAAAUGUUUCUCCUAUACCACCCAUUAAAGUUAAUACAGAAGUAAGCCUGACAACAGGAGAACGUCCAAAACCCGUGAUCACCCUUGUGUCGUCCACUUCCAGUAAUAAUGAGACACAAUCACCAAAACGGACUGAAAAUAAAACAGGUUCCCUGAAAUUAAAUGUAGCAUUAAGUCCAGCCGUUGAAAACAGUGACGUUUCCAGUUCAGCGGUAAGUGGGUCAGGUCGAGGUGAUUCUAGGAGAGAGUUUGUCAAAAGUAUAGGAAAAAAAUUUAAAGUUCGCCGAUCGAAACGUGAUGGCCUAUUUCCUGGCAUCGGUCGGCAAAAAUCUAAGUCAGAAAAUAGAGCAAGGAAAGCAUUUAGGACCAUAUCUUUUAUUUUAGGUGCGUUCGUUGUUUGCUGGACUCCGUACCAUAUUUUAGCGUUAGUUGAAGGUUUUUGUACUGAGCCACCAUGUAUAAAUCAACAUUUAUAUAUGUUCUCGUACUUUUUGUGUUAUGCUAAUAGUCCUAUUAAUCCUUUUUGCUAUGCUCUAGCAAAUCAACAAUUUAAAAAAACAUUUAUGAGGCUUUUAAAAGGUGAUUUUCAUGUUACGUAGUUACAUUUAGAUUCAUGAGUAACUCUUGUAGUACGCUCAUAUGAUAUUAAAAUAUCUGAAGCUCUUAAAUAAGACAAUAUAAUAUUUACAGCAAAUAAUAAUAAAAAGGCUUUUAGUGUUAGUUAUUUAUUAUGUAAGUAGUAAGUCGCUAACGUGUAAUAUAUUAGUUUCAAAAACAAUGUACAAAGAAAUUACUUUAUAAUUAGAAAGUUGUAUAGGAAUUGUAAGAUAAUACGUAAAUUGUAAAUGUUAUUCCAUUGUUCGCAACAGACAAUAAAUUUGUAAUAUUUAGACUAAGGUUGAUGAGUCUCUUUGUAUUUCUAAAAUAAAAGUUCUAAGGUUAUAUUAGCAAGUUAUAGUUAUUCAACAAUAUUAUAUUAUUUUAAAAUAAAACGAUUAAAAUCUUUUAGCAUUGAGCCCAGCUAAAGAUUUUCUGCGUUUUAGUCAAUUAUUAACUUUAUAAUAGUUCCAA